AUGAGAGUAACUAAAUCUUUUCUUAUAUUUAAUAUGUACAAAGACUACAUGAAAUUUAAUAAAAAACUUCUAAAAGCUAAUUACAAAGGGACGUACCUAUUUGAAAUCUUGGUAGACGAAGAAAAAAAAGCAUACCAAUAUUAUUUAAUUGACUUCGAUAACUUAAGCGUUACUUGGCAAGAAACUCCAUUUGAAAAAUAUGAUGUUAAAUUCAGUACAGAUGAUGCUAUAAUGCUUAAAAUAACCAACAAAUAAGUUAAUCCUUCAAAGCUAGUAGCUGAAAAAAAAAUAAAAGCAGAAGGAAAAUAAGAAUAUAUAAGUAAACUUACCUCAGACUUUUUCCCUACUGUACCCAAGCUCUGA